UUGUUUUAUGAUAUUUCAGUUCUUACAGGGAUUCCUGGUUUGCAAUCGUUGCUACCAACGGCGUCUCCAUAUUCUUUUGCAUUUGGUGCCAAUCCCGCUACGACAUUUAUACCUCCAACCUUAGGCGCAGAUGCGACAGCCCUAUCGCAGUAUUUGCCGUCUUUAGGUGCGUUGGGUGGUGCUGUCGGUGGCCUCACACCCUCAUCGCUUACCUCUCUUCGAUUUCCUGUGAACAUUCUCAGCAUCACAUCAGUCGUUCUUGUUUCGAAUUUAGAUGAAAAU